AUGACGCAUACAUCGUCAAAUGAAAAAACUGAAAUAUCACAACCAACAGAGGGAACGGAAAUGCUUGAACGCCUUUGGUCAGAGACACGUGCUGAAAUUGAUUCUAUAAAUAUCAUGGAUUUUCGUGCAAGUGAAUUACCAUUGGCGCGUAUUAAAAAGAUCAUGAAAUUAGAUGAUGAUGUUAAAAUGAUUAGUGCUGAAGUACCAAUACUUUUUGCCAAAGCAGCAGAGAUAUUUAUUCAUGAGUUAACACUACGCUCGUGGAUUCAUACAGAAGAAAGUAAACGACGAACAUUACAGAGAAACGAUGUUGCUAUGGCAAUUACGAAAUAUGAACAAUUCGAUUUUUUAAUUGAUAUCGUACCACGAGAAGAAUCGAAACCCCAUAAAAAACAUGAAAAUAAUAUGGGUGAAGUACAAUAUAUUGUCACACUUCCACAGGCAAACCAACCUAGUGCUAUUCAAUUACCUAACGGACAAGUUAUUCAAUUAUCAUCAACGAUACAAUCGCCACUUGUCACUAUUGGUAACUCUGGCCAACAGUAUGCAGUUUUAUCUCAAGCAAAUCAAAUGCAAGCACCUACUCAGUAUAUUCAAAUCGCUGCACCACAUGUAUCUGAAAAUAUGCACCCAUCACAACAAAUGAGUGCAUCAGGACGAAGCCUUCAUGUGUCAACAACACCCAAUGCCACGCAAUCACAACAACGCCAACCUGCAUCGGCUCAUAUUACGAUAACAGCAGCUCAAUUGCAACAAAUCUUAAAUGCUUCACAAAAACCUACUACUAACAAUAAUAAUAACAAUGCAAUAACAACAAUAAAGCCCGCACAACAAAUUGAUAAUGACAACCAGUCAUCGGAUCAAACGACAACAGUUGAUAUUAAACAACAAUCUGUUUAA